AUGCUAAGAGGAGAAAAACCCAGAGUCAUAUGGAGGAUUCUUAUGUAUGCUAAUAGAGCUAGACCACGAUCUAUGUUUACUUUGUGGAUGGUGUGUCAGAAUCGCCUGCCCACAAAGGACAGACUGACUCGGUUUGAAAUCACUACAGAUGGUAAAUGUGUUUAUUGUGGCCAGAUGGAAACAUAUAACCAUAUGUUUUUUUACAGUGCAAAAACUAAGAGAAUUUGGAGGCAGAUACUCAACUGGAUGAAGAUUAGGCAUAGCCCUGGUGAAUGGACAGAUGAAAUGAUUUGGUUUUGUCAGCAGACAAAAGGGAAGAGUAGCCGUGAUAGACUGCUGAAACUUGCAGCCACUGAAAUGAUAUAUGCAGUGUGGAGCCAUAGGAACAAGAUUGUAUUUCAACAAGGAAAAAUUGAGGACCUAAGAAGCAAAGACGAUCAUUAA